AUAAUACAAUUCUAUUCCAAGUCGAAGUACAUAUGGGACGAGUCAGCUAUCUCUUCUGCAGUCAAAAUCACAGUCAUUCGGACGACGACACUUUAUUUUAUUUCAUUGUGCAUCGCUUACACGACACAAGUUGCAGGUCCCUAGAGUGGUUUCAAGAAUGUGAAAUCCAAACUACUGAUCGAGUAAGUGGGUGGUGACGGUCAUGGAACGACAGAAGAUGGACAAAUCCGUGGUCAAGAAACUCGCAUCCCGUCUUAAGUUGGUCAUUGUGGGCGACGGAUGUGUCGGGAAGACGUCACUCCUUUAUGCCUUCGGAGCUAACACAUUUCUGGAGAAUCAUCACGAACCUACCGUUUUCGAAAACUAUGUGACUAGCAUUAUGGUAAAUAAGAAAGAGGUUGAGUUGAAUCUCUGCGACACGGCAGGCCAGGAAGAUUUAGACCGUUUGCGCCCCUUAUCUUACAGCGAGGCGGAUGUGAUUCUUAUUUGUUUUUCAGUCAGUGACACUACCUCAUUUUUAAACGUGGCGAAUAAAUGGCGUCCAGAAACUCAACACUACCGCCCACACGCCCCCGUGAUACUGGUCGCAACUAAAAAAGAUUUGAGGGUGCACGAUGGAACACGCCCUUUCCUGGAACGGUAUGGGCAGGCGGCGUUACAAACGGAUGAAGGAUGCACUAUGGCAAUGCGAAUUCGGGCGGACGCCUACAUUGAAUGCUCGUCUAAGACAUUUGAAGGGGUUCAUUCCGUAUUCCAAAUUGCUGCAAAUCUUGGACAAAAGUUUCACAAGAAAAACUCAACGUCCUGCACAUUACAAUGAAUCAACAGUUUGUUAAAUAUUUCGUCUAGUUCUAUUUUUAAGAAGACCCAACAAAAUCCUGAAUCUCUAGUGAACUAGUCAUAACAAUGUCAAUAAUUUCAGUCAGCGUUAUUUAAAAAAGAAUCGAUACUUGGGAAAUCAUAAAAGUGAAUUUAAAAGUAAAAUUAAAAGUAAAUGUUGGCGUGCCAUAAUAUACAACGGUGUGAUAUACAUAUAUGCAUAUACGUGUCCGGUUAGGUGCUGAAAAUUAUGGUACUAAAUUUUACGCUAUAAUUAUAUCUGUAUUUUAUGAUUAUGAAACAGUGCACAAACUUGCACCUAAAUAAAUUACAAUAUUCACCAAAUA